UGCUCGGGCCGGGGUGAUGGAGACUGAGAGUUGUCUGUCUUUCUCCUCGCCUUCAAACAGGAUCACGCCAGAGAAUUCACCGGGUUUGGAGCAUAAUUCUGGCGCGUUCUUUCAGUGUGACGACCACCAAAAGUCUCCGCACCUUCCUCUAGCGCAUCGACAUGAGUUUUUUAUGGGACGCUACACAGACGGCGGCUCCGCGGACUUUACGCACGGCGUCAGCGCUACAACUCCCCGCGCAUCGCCUGGAAAACAUACGAAGUAUUUGGAGAAUAUGAACCAGGACCAAAAACCUUCGAUCACUGAGAAGAACUCGUCAUUUUAUGAGACUAAUUCUGACGCAGGAGAUAAGACCAUACCCAAGACUCUUGCAUAUCCUGCUCUAGACUCUGAGUGUUGUGGAAAACUGAAAGAGCCGUCCAACGGGUUGCCUGGAGACUCCUUCGCUGACUCCAUCGACCUGUCAGGCAAGAACAAGAAGCGGAGGAACCGGACAACCUUCAGCACCUUUCAGCUAGAGGAGCUGGAGAAGGUCUUUCAGAAGACACAUUACCCAGAUGUGUAUGCACGGGAACAGCUGGCACUGAGGACGGAGCUCACGGAGGCAAGAGUGCAGGUGUGGUUCCAAAACAGACGGGCCAAAUGGAGGAAAAGAGAGCGUUACGGGAAGAUGCAAGAGGUGCGAAACCACUUUGCUGCUACAUAUGAUAUCUCCCUUCUCCCUCGCUCCGACUCAUACCAGAUGCAAAAUAACCUGUGGCCAAGCAGUGCGGGAACAGGAGGUGCCGGCGGGGCGGCCAGUGGUUGUGUUCUGGGAGCAGAGAACAUGGCGUCCUGUAUGAGCCCUUACCCCCAUCCUCACGGCAACCUGCCCGGGCUCAUGGGUAUGUCUGCGUCUCCAGGCCAUCCUCAUCAUCAUCAUCAUCAUCAUCAUCACCCACCCCACCACCCUAGCAUUAAUGGGAUAUACUCACUCCAUGGCUUCCCAGGAAGCCUGGGGGCCCAUUCCUUUGAGCCCGGACCAGAGUCUGAAUACAAGCCCUCAGGCCUGGUGGCCCUGCGCAUGAAAACCAAAGACCCCGGGAGCCUGUUAUCCUGGCCGACAUGACCGUGCAGCUGCAACUGGGAUUGUGAUGACAUCACUGAGCCAGCAAACAGUUAGCAUGCCUGCACACAACUGAAAUACUUUUUUAAUGCUCAAUGUACACAUCUGUUUUUUUUUGUUUGCAGGC